AUGUCUGACUAUCCAUAUGAGAUUACGCCCACCGAAGGCGAAAGGUUGACUGAAGUCAUCAAGGAUUGGUCACUGGCCCAUGGCUUAACUGUCCGACCACCUCCUGCUAUUGUCCCUGCAGAGGCCGAUCCUGCAGGAAUUCUUGCAACUGCUGUCCCGGUUACCUUAUUCCCGAGUCCCUUUCCUCGCAUAUGCUUUGACCAAGCAAUUGCGGUUCAGGGGGCUUACAAUGAGCUGUAUGCUUCUAUAAGUCAAGAUGAUACCUUCCUUGCUCACAUUGUGAAAGAAAUUGGGGAUAGCGAUGACUUCAUAACAGAAUUAUGGAAAGUUCACUUAAGAGUUAAGGAGGAGGGCUAUGUUCAGCACAAAAGUCUUGGCCUCUUUAGGUCGGAUUAUAUGGUUCACCAAGACAUCACCGGAUCUCCACCACAAAUCAAACAGGUUGAGUUUAAUACAAUCGCGGCCUCAUUUGGAGGACUCUCGUCCCAAACCUCUCUGCUACACAAAUAUCUAUCUUUAACAGAGUAUCUAUUACUUGAGAAUCGAACACAAAGCGGAAGUUUGCAACUUCCUAGGAACGAGAGUGCUGCGGGGUUAGCGGCAGGUAUACGACAUGCUUUUAUUGAAUACGGCCUCCCAUCUACUCCCUACCAAAAAUGUGUCAUAUUCCUCGUGCAAGGAGGCGAGAGGAACAUAUUCGAUCAGCGUCAUUUAGAAUAUGAGCUCCAAGCUUUGCAAGAGCCACAAAUACCCGUGUUCAGACUGCCAUUUUCUGAAACUCUACAGCAUACAGCACUAGCCGAAAAUCCAGGACGCCAACUAUUGUAUCGGCCACCUCAGUCACCUUCCCAUACGUUUGAAGUUGCUGUUGUGUAUAUGCGGUGCGGUUAUGGACCCUCAGACUAUCCCGACCAGUCCGCCUGGGAAGCUCGCUAUCAUCUAGAAAGGUCAGCAGCUAUUAAAUGUCCGACAGUGCUUACCCAGGUUGCCGGCACGAAGAAAGUCCAACAGGUUCUCGCGACACCCGAGACACCUUCAAAUCCUUCUGUAUUGCCCCGUUACUUAUCUAGGGACUCCACAUCUAUAUUUGAUCUGAUGAAAACCUUUACCAACAUUUACCCCCUGGAUGAAACGGAAGCUGGGCUGAGGGCUCGAAAGAUAGCUAGUGACCCUGAGCUUUGCAAGGGCUACGUCUUAAAACCACAGAGAGAAGGCGGUGGCAAUAAUAUCUAUCGUUCAUCAAUCCCACCGUUUCUAAAGUCCAUUCCCGAAUCGCACUGGCCAUCAUACAUCCUCAUGGAACUGAUUACCCCGCCGCCUGUCAAGAACACGAUUCUUCGAAAUGGCAAGUUGGAACACGGCGGCGUUAUUUGUGAGCUCGGCAUAUAUGGGACAUGCGUAUGGGAUCAACAGUCUCGAGCAAUACUACAUAACGAGCAAGCAGGCUAUCUUCUGCGCACAAAGGGGGAUCAAAGUGAGGAGGGUGGCGUGGCCGCCGGGUUUGGAUGUAUGGAUAGUUGCACCUUGGUUUGA